AUGAGUAAUGUGAUGGUGAAGCGCCGAUCGCCAGGUGAAUUGCUCGUUGGGUUCAUCAUGAGCAGUCACCGGCAGAAGGGUCGCGGCCAGGAGCAGGAUAGCUCCGAGAAUGUCAACUCUGGGAUAGUCAUCCCGGCGCGUCUCAGUCUUCAGGAUGCGGCCACGCUGGGUGUCGUCGUAAUCACCAUCGGGCAAUCGCUUUAUCAGAGCCUACGGCUGGCUCUUCCUCCAUCCUCUCCUCCAUCUUCUCCCCCAUACCAACCUCUCCACCACAACACAUCCUCAUAUAUGGGGUUCGACCGCGGUCGGCAUCGUGGCGAUCUAAGCUCUCCGACUACACGGUGGUCACGACUUGCUGACUGCGCCAGCAUGAGUCCCUCGUCCGGAGUUGCGGCGCCGACCAAGUCUUCGACUACUGCGACCCGGCCCCAACCAGAUCCGCGAGGCAACACGGCUGUUGGAUGAGGGGACCAUUGUUCCGCACCCCUUGUGGUUUUGGGCAGGGGGCUUGCCCGGGGUGAUUCCGGGGUUACAUGCUUUGCGGGAGGGGAAGACGGUUCGGGGUUGUAAGUUGGUGUUUGACGUUGAAGAGCAGAGCCGAUGAAGAUGAAGAAGAAGAUGUUUGUAUUGUCAGAACGGUGG